AUGCUUUGCAGGCUUGUGCUCCAAGCUUUUCCGGAGGCCGAUUUUGGCGCGGUUGCAGUUUUUAAGAAUUUGCGAACACCUCUACAUGUCGACAUUAACAACUCUCCGGGAUCGGUAAAUUACUUGAUUCCUGUGUCCUCUUUCACAGGUGGCGAGGUGUGGCAAGAAGGACAGGGAUCCGUUGUUGUGCGCGAUGAGUUGGGCCAUCCACUCAUGGGCUCGCUCCUUCCGGUUGCAGAUGGGCCCUGUGUCGUAGAUCCGCGACGCACCCAUUGUACCAUGCCGUGGGUCGGUGAGCGAGUGCUUCUCGUUGCAUUUAAGCCUGCGCAUACUCGUGAUUUGUCCAUAACCUUCAAACAGCAACUGCCAGAGGCCAGCUUGCUGCCGACGAGACCGGUUCUUCCGAACUCUGAUGUCGUUUGGAAUGACCCCCUUGUUAUCGAGCUUUUUGCGGGCAACGGCCGUGUCACUGCUUGCCUCAAGCAGUUGGGACUUUCGGCUGCUGGGGUUGACCGUAAUCCUAGUAAGUCCGUGUCCUUCUGUCUACCGGCGGACCUCACCUCGGCUCGAGGCCAGAAGCUGUGCAAGGAGUGGCUCGCCUCUCCUAGAUUGGCCGGCAUUUUUGCUACGCCCCCAGCCUUCACCGCUGCCAAUGCUGAUGCAAUCACAUUCUUGUUGCAUGUGUUGUCCACAUCCUUGACCAAUGGAGUCCUUUGUGCCAUCGCGAAUCCUCGACAAAGUCGCUUCUGGCAAAACCCUCAGUGGAGGGCUGUUGCCUCCUCUUUUCGUUUUGUUGCCUGCCAGGAGUGUACCUUCGGUGGCAGACAUGACGAUCACACCGUUUUCGCAGUGUCAGAUAGUGGCUUUGACAAGUUGGCUCGUUCCUGCCCCGGCCCUCCGUGCAAAGUCUUGAAUCGCUGCCCCGAUCCUGGCACCGGUUACCCUGCUCACCUCGCAAUGCAAGUAGCAUGCUGCUUCGCCCAAGUUUUCGUCAAGAAAGGUUGGCAACCGCCCAGCCAAUGUUUCGAUGCAUUCGACCCUCGACUUCAGGUGCCGAUGUCACGCGCUCUAGCAGGUGCUCAGCCUCCGGCUAGCAAGAUUCCCCCGCUCGUCCCGGAACAUAAGCGUGUGGUCGUGCUUCGCCACCCGCCUGGCCUCCAACUACCGUGCCAGCCCAUGCAGCGUCUUACUACAGAUUGGCUCGUGCCUCAGGGGUGCCAUGCUCCCUGCGCCUGCAUUCCUGCGAAAUCCCAGCUUCUCAGGCACGUGCCGGUAGGUCAAAGUGGGGGCGACGAGACUGUGAAAGUAGGUUUGUGGGAAAUGGCUUGGGGAAAUCCUUGGGACCCAGAAGAGUUUAUGAAGACGGCCAAUGAGUCCAGCCAUCCUCGGACCAUUGGAUCUGUGCUCCCUCAGCCACUUAAGGAUUCUCUUGAUGCAUUGGACGAGAAGAAUGAUGAAGCAAAGUUGAAAGCAAGCAUGCACCCUGACGUCCGUGCCAUCACCGAACCGAAACGCAUUUUGCUGUGGGAGUCUCUGAUGGCGAGGUACGCUUAUCCUGACCCUGGAGUGUCCAGUCUCCUCAAGGAAGGGAUUCCCUUAGUGGGUCACGCGCCCAUCUCGGGCGUCUUUAAGCCGAAGUUCAAACCUAUGCAAGCCACGCCAGAGCAAGUGCGCGAGGAUUUUCAUGAUUUUCGGAAAAAGGUCCAUAAGUACAUCAAAAGGAAAGUAGGCAAGGCCGUCUUCAACCUCUUGGGAAAGGCUUUUGAUCUUACCGCUGCUUAUAGGCAGCUACCGGUGCACCCGGGCAGCGAGUGGGCUUCAUACAUUUGCUUGAUCCAUCCGGAGACUCAUGAGAGAGUGUACUUCCGCAUGAGGGCGAUGCCAUUUGGCUCUUCCAUGGCAGUGUAUAGUUUCUUGAGAAUCAGCCACUCGCUCUGGUUCUUAGGAACCAAAGCCCUCCUUCUGCCCUGGUCGUCGUUUUUCGAUGACUAUAUAACAUUUGCCACUUCCGGCCAAGCUCUGUCGGCGGAAUCGUCUGUCACUGCAAUGUUCAAGUUACUUGGAUGGGCCUUCGCUGAGUCCGGUGACAAAUCGCAUGACUUUGCAAAAUGCUUCACUGCAUUGGGAAUAGUUGCUGACCUGAGUCAGGUUCGCGACGGGGUGAUUUACUUUAAGAAUACGGAAAAGCGUAUUGAGGAAAUCAAAUCCUUUGUGCAAAAGGUGUUGGAGGACGGCCGUCUUCCACAUCAUGAAGCGCUUCGCCUCAGAGGGAGGUGUCAGUUUGCAGAUUCUCAAAUCUUCGGCCGCACUGGGAAGAAGUGUCUAGGAUUGAUCACUGCACACGCCUAUGGUCUCGAGGAGGCUAUCAGUCACGAGCUUCGCGUGUCGCUUGAAAGGUUUCUGCAAAGGCUUGAGUGCGAUGCACCGCGACUUAUCAAGAUCCUUGAAGGCGGGUUCUGGAAGGUGUACACGGACGCAUCCUACGAGCCGGGUGCAACCACGAGUUACUGUGGAAUAGGCGGUGUGUUGGUUGAUCCUAGUGGUGUGCCUAGAAAGUUCUUUUCAGCUGUCUUGGACGAUUCCCAAAAGAUUUUCUUAGGCGAAUCCAAGUCAGCCCAGAUCAUUUUUCAAGCAGAAUUGCUGGCGCUCACAAUCGCUAUGGAUGCUUGGUCACACGACUUUAAAGGCUGCCCUGUAAUUUUCUUCGUGGACAAUAACGGGGUUCGUGACAUCACCAUUUCGGGGCAUGCGAAAGCGUCGAUAGCCAGGCGACUAUUGGAGAUUUUCUUGCAAUUGGAGCAUGAUGCUUCAGUCGUGCCUUGGUACGCGAGGGUACCAUCACCAUCAAACCCCGCAGAUGAACCUUCGCGGAUCGAAUGCAAAAGCCUGUGCCUCUUGGGCACUCAUCUUGAAAGAUCCACCGUGGGCGGCAUCAUCACCGCUUGCUUGAAGAAAGUACAGGGGCUCCGGUGA